GGACUCUCCAUGAGCUGGGCACGGACACCCCCCUCCUCACCCCCACCAUGUGGGCACCGCGUAUUCCUGCAGCAGGGAUCCAUCCGUUCCCUGCUCUGUCCUCAUCCCUGUCCUCCCUCACUGACCUGCCCACCCGGCUCUUCCUGUGCAGCAACAAGAUGGGCAUCAAGGAGCGGAUCCGGCUGAGCAGCUCGCAGCGGGGCACUGACUACCCGCUGGAGGACAGCAGCGAGGAGAAGAGCUCCCACUGCGACCUGACCUGCGAGGACAUCAUGCCAGCGGUGAAGACCCUCAUCCGGGCGGUCAGGAUCCUGAAGUUCCUGGUGGCCAAAAGGAAGUUCAAGGAGACCUUGCGUCCCUACGACGUCAAGGACGUCAUUGAGCAGUACUCGGCUGGUCACCUGGACAUGCUGGGCAGGAUCAAGAGCCUGCAGAUGCGUGUGGACCAGAUCGUGGGCAGGGGCGCCCUCACUGUGGACAAGAAGGUUCGGGAGAAGGUGGAGAAGCCGGCGCUGGAGACAGAGCUGGUGGAUGAGCUCAGCAUGAUGGGGCGUGUGGUCAAGGUGGAGAGACAG